AUGGCUUUUUGGGAGGCACGCACUACACACACCGUAAACAGCUCAUUCAAGCGUAUCGGAACGGCCGCUUCUCCUGCCACAACUCCCCCUUCAGCGAAGCUCACGCUAGAUGAAGCUGUCAGCACAGGGGAAUUUUAUUGCUCAAACAUCCAGCCUCUCAAGCGGAAAUACACCAGUUGGACCUUGGGAAAUCUUGCAGGUGGACUACAAAUUCUCUAUGGUCAAACUAGCGAUCGUUUGAGUGAGACUGAAGAGAUACCUCUGGUGCGCACCCUUUACCGAUUCCAGCUCUGCUGCAACUUAUCCGGUCAUGGCUACAAUGAACCUAUCUUCAGCCGCGCCCCUGAAUAUGAGGGAUCAGAUGUCUCGGAGCUACUCCAGUCACUAUUUGACCCCUGGGAGAUUAAGGAAAUUGUCUGCAUUCACGAGUUUGCGAUGCAGACAUACCGGGAGCUCUCCCCCGUUAACCGGAACUGGCCAAAUUUAUUGAGAUCUGUGCCUGAAAGGACAGGCCGCAAUUCCCGAGGGAGUGGGCUCAUACUAGGCGGGUGA